AUGGUACGCCUUAGCCUUGGGCUCCCCUUAGCGGGCUUGCUCACUUCUACUUUUGCCACCGUUACUCUUCCCAUGCGAGACCUUCCACCAUUGUCAGGACAAACAUGCCCGGAAUCAUGCCAUGAAGCUGGUUAUAUGCCAUCAAACUGGACGGUGGUCGCUGAAUUCGACCAGCUCAAGGCUUGCCCUCGGCCUAUCCUUAUGGACUUCUCCCUUGACAUCCCUGUGUCUGAGAAACAGAUUAUCCGUACUUGUGACACCUGGGGCACAUACUACUAUUAUACUCCCGCACCGAGUUUUGGCAUUCCAUCCGAGAACGAGCAAGACCAUGUUAUCCCGCACUUGGCUUUGUCUGCUGCCGGCAAUAAUUCCCAGGGAAUGAGAGCUCGUUAUCAGGCGGUCACCGCUGUCAAGAAGAUCCAGAGCCAUCUACAACGCUCUGCGGAAUGGAACAGAACGAUUCUAUUCGGUGCCUUUGGGGGUGCGACAGUGGGUGUUUACAUUGGCGAAAACAUGCAAAAUCCUAGCGUGGCCGACUCCCUAUUGAAGCCAUUCAUGGAGAAGAUCAUGUCAGUUGGCAUUGAGUCAUCCAAAGCUGCCCUUCUCCAGGUUUGCGGAAAUAAUAGAACCGGCGAUAACACUUUUGGAAUCAUUGCAGCCUCAAACAAAGGUCUUAGCACCGCUCAAGCUGCCGUCAAGCAAUGGGCUAACGCAACAUGCGUCGACACAUCAAGCUAUACGGAAUCAUCUACCCUAAAUGGUACCGUCAUCCGCAUCCACAAGCCAGUCCCUGUGCUUGUUCCUUCAAAUACAACAACAACAAACUUGACAACAAGAGCUAUACACAUGCCAAUCUUGAAUGCCCGCGGUGACUGUCGCGCUAUUGGUGUCAUCUCUGGAGACAGCUGUGGCGCCCUUGCAACGCGAUGCGGCAUAUCCCCAAGUGACUUCACCAAGUAUAAUAACAACCCCAAGCUAUGCUCUAGUCUUACACCCGGCCAGCAUGUAUGCUGCUCUUCAGGCACCCUGCCUGACUUUAGGCCGAAGCCCAACUCUGACGGUUCAUGCGCUGUCUAUGAGACUAAGUCUGGAGAUAACUGCGCUACUAUUGCCGCCGCCAACAGCUUGAAGAAAGAAGACCUGGAAACCUUGAACAAGCGGACUUGGGGUUGGGCGGGCUGCGACAGUCUCUGGGUGGGUGUCAAGAUGUGCCUCAGCAAAGGCGAUCCGCCUAUGCCAGCCCCAAUUGCAAAUGCCAUAUGUGGCCCGCAGAAACCUGGCACACCAAUACCUCCAAAGGGCGCCAAUAUCUCAGAGUUGAACCCAUGUCCCCUCAACACUUGUUGCAACAUUUGGGGCCAGUGUGGUACGACGGAAGAUUUCUGCAUUGAUACUCGCGGGGAUGGGGCACCGGGUACGGCAAAAAAAGGCACCUACGGCUGUAUAUCCAACUGCGGUAUGGAUAUCGUUAAAGGUGACCCCCCGGCACAGUUCAUCAAGCUUGGGUAUUUCGAGGCCUUCAACUUGGGCAGGGAGUGCCUGAAUAUGGACGUCCGUCAAAUUGACUCGUCUUACACUCAUGUUCACUUUGCCUUUGCUGUUCUUACGGAUGACUUUGAAGUCUACCUAGAAGACGAGUAUCAGAAGUAUCAAUUCGAACAGUUCAAGAAGAUACGCAGCUUCAAGCGAAUCUUGUCCUUUGGAGGCUGGGCCUUUUCUGCUGAACUGCCACACUAUCAAGUUUUCCGGAACGGUGUGAAGACAGCAAAUAGGGAGAAACUAGCUUCCAACAUCGCUAAGUUCAUCAACGAUAACGGCCUAGAUGGUGUCGAUAUUGACUGGGAAUAUCCUGGGGCACCUGAUAUACCUGGUAUUCCGCCACCAGAUGACGCUUAUGAGGGUAUCGCGUACGCUGCAUUCUUAAGUAUCCUUAAAUCCAAGCUCAACUCAGGAAAAUCCUUGUCAAUUGCUGCACCAGCAUCUUAUUGGUAUCUUAAGCAAUUCCCCAUCAAGGGCAUCUCUAGAAUUGUCGACUAUAUCGUCUACAUGACGUAUGACCUACACGGCCAAUGGGACUCCGGUACGCUCUUUAACGCCGAGAUCAGGGAGAUCGCUACUGGCUCUAUCUCACCCCGAUCCUUAAGCCAUGGCAACGAUAGUAGUGUCGAAAUCAGAGACAUCUCCGCUAGCGCAAAUACCUGGUAUGAUAAAGAUAGCGACAGCAACAUCAUGACCUAUGGCGAUAACUGGGUGGCAUAUAUGGUUGAAAGCGUCCGUGCCCGCCGGGCCAACAUAUACAAGGGUUACAACAUGGGCGGCACUACCAACUGGGCUGUCGACCUUGAUAAAUUUCAAGACCCGCCUAGCCUGAUAGAAGGCUCCGAUGUGAAAUUGAGCUGGCAGCAGAUAAAGCAAAAUAUUAAAAAGACUGGUGAUGCGGCAGCUUGUGACAAGGAGUCUCGAACUGGCACUUGGGUUACCCUUGACAACUGCAGCCCUGAUGCUAAAUGUGAUCCUCAUCACUCGUCCUCGGAUAAAAAAGAGGACUGGACUGGGGCGUGCUCAUACCUGGUCUGGAAUUCAUUUGCACAGGUCCAUGUUUUGAUAAAAAAUUAUCAGUACUCCCUAAAGGAAGCCGCCAUUCAGGUUCAAAAUAAAAAGAACGAGUUUGUGGAUACAUUUGCUCCUGAGGGACACCGGCCUGACGUCCCCCUCUGGCUUAACACGCUCCUUACCGUUCUUCUAAUUCCAUCUACGACUCUGGGCACGGCUUUCUGGAAAGGAGCACUCAGGAACUUGGCUUUUUUUCAGACUAGGCCACUUCGCCUAGACCUACUAAAAGAUACCUCACAAGCUUUGGUCUCUGCAGGCUAUACAAUUUCUAAAAGCUUCAUUGAGAAAGAAACAGUAAAAGAGGUCACUUUCAACACGCUCUAUGAUAGCCUAAUCGGGAAAUGGACCGAACAGAUUGAUACACUGGUAAAGGAAUUAUUCGAUGGCUCUGACGAGCAUAUUAAGCAGCUUAGCAAGAUCAUCAUGGACGGCAAAAUGAUUGAAGGCAAACACGACGCUGUACCGGAUCCGGACGCCGAUCACACAGCCUCCUUUCUAGAGCAGAAACUAGCAGAACGAGCCUUCUACGCAGCUGCUAUUCCAAAUGUGUGGAAAAUGCGACAGCCAUACGCCAGCUAUCCCGUUAUUCUUGAUUUUGGCCCCGACUGCAACCGGGAUAUCGGCUCAGACCAGUAUUUCAAGAGCGGACAGGACUACAACCAGGGCUGGAUUUGCCUCGACGGGCAUAACUAUAUACUUGCCUCCACCUUUGAGCGCGACAACGAUGGACCCAACUGUUCACCUGAGUAUUAUGAUUGGUGCAACAAUAUCGAUCAGCGAUUCCUCUUUUCCCUACCAGGGUUGGAUAAAAUCCGGAAACCUGAUCCCAAAUUUGGCAAGGUGACGGUAGAGGACCUCGUUGCUGGGUCUGUGAAUACAUGGAAACGCGCUGGUAAAUUGAACAUCAUAGAUGGUAGCCCUGGAGGUGUCAAUCCUGUCAACAAAGACGAUUUUGUUGAUCUUUGGGAUAAUGACAUCCGCGCCCCGGGGAUGAUUCGUAUUCCUGUUUGCAGUGUGGAGGAAGCUAGCUUUUUGGCCCAGGACGGUACAGGACACGGCCUCCCAGAUGGAGACCGCCCGAGCUUUCCUUGUUUGAGAGACCCUAAUAAGAGCAUGAGCGAAGGUGAUCUUGAUUAUAUAUUUAAAGCUGUUGGCAUGAGUGAAGCCAAUCCCUAUCCCAUGGCGCCCUAA